UCUUGCAGGGAUCGAAUAAAUUAUGAGACUUAUAAUUUUAGCUUACCCAUCAAUUCUUUUUACUGUUUCCCUUCCACCCUUAAAUAAAGCCUUGAAAAUUCUUCAUUUUUAUUAGACACAUACGCAUCGACCCAUUUUAGCAGUAUAUCCAUUCCACCCACAAUGGCGAGAAGAGAACGAUGCAAUGGAUGUAAGCUGUAUCUGAUGGUUCCACCAGAAGCACAAUCCAUUCGUUGUGCUGUGUGCCAUACCAUUACCAAUACCAACAACGCAGCCAUUGCUCGAUGGGGUCAUGUCCAUGACUCGUUGAUAGGACCAAGGCGGACCAGCCCUCAUGGAUCAGGGACGCAUGCAUUUCCCUACGUAUAUGGUCCUCAUCAACGACCUCCGCAACCACGGCCUCCAUUAUCGCCUGUUUCGGUGCAUGGGAGGAAAAGAGCAUUGCUUUGCGGAUUGAAUUACUAUGGCAAACCUUAUGGACUUAAAGGAAGCAUCAAUGAUGUCAAGUGUAUGAGGUAUCUUCUUGUUGAGAAACUGGGGUUUCCUAUUGACUCCAUUCUCAUGCUUACAGAAGAUGAGAAAGACCCUUACAAGAUCCCAACAAAACAGAACAUCAGGAAAGGCCUGAAAUGGCUGGUCUAUGGCUGCCAGCCAGGGGACUCGUUAGUGUUUCACUUCUCUGGCCAUGGUGAUCGGCAAAUUGAUUAUGACAACGACGAGGUCGAUGGAUUUGACGAAGCCUUAUGUCCUCUAGAUCACGACACCGAAGGGAAAAUCAUCGAUGAUGAAAUCAAUGCCACCAUUGUUAGGCCACUGCCUCGAGGAGCCAUGUUGCAUGCCAUCAUCGAUGCCUGCCACAGCGGAACCAUUCUCGAUCUGCCUUUCGUUUGCAGGAUGAAUAAGGAAGGGUUCUAUAUAUGGGAAGAUCAAAGAAAACCUUCCUUUUACAAGGGUACAAGUGGAGGAUUAGCCUACUGUUUUAGUGCUUGUGAUGAUAAUCAAGUUUCUGCAGAUACCACUGCUUUCACCAAAACCAGUACCAGGACCGGUGCCAUGACGUUUAGCUUCAUCCAAGCUGUGGAAAACGAACCUGGAUUGACGUACGGCCGCUUGCUUAAUGCGAUGCGCAAUGCGAUUCGCGAUGCUAAAGCCGGUUUACGCCUAUCUGGUCCUAUUGCAACUCUGGUUAACAAAGUUUUCUUUGGAUCAACAUCACAGGAGCCACAGCUAUCUUCAUCAUAUACAUUUGACAUUUACUCAAAGCGGUUUGUGCUCUAGUAGCUUCCCUUCUUCCAAAAUUGCCUACAACAACGAUUUGGCUUUACGGUCAUCGUCUGUAUAUUCGUGUUCAUGUUUUAAUCGUGUUUAAGAUAAAUAUAUGUAUGUAUUUUCUCAGACUAUAAACUUAUUUUGUACAAAUAGUGUUGUGUAUAUUUAUGAACUUUUCUUAGACGCUGUUGCUAUA